CGUUACUGACAGCCCUACCUUCCAUUAUUUUCGUCCUCUCCUCUAAUAAUCUCUUUUAACGGAUUCUCUCUCAUUUACUGAUUUCUCUUAUAAAUUUAGAUUCCAGAUUUCAAAUCUUCCGUCCUCUCCAAAUUCCAAUGCCCUUUAAUCUUUUUAUCUUCCUCUGGUUUUCGUUCUUGAAGUUCUUUCUCUGAAGAAGGAAAAGAAGGAAUUCUAUUCUACUCAUGAUAAUGGCAGCGGAUGUGAGUUGUCUGAUGCAAAUUCUGAAUGGGUACAAAGAAGAUGAGUUGAAGAACGAAAGUAGUGGUGGGAAAUCGAAGAAUUUGAUUACUAGAGACUUGCUUGGAGGUAGUAGUGGUGGUGGGUUCUCUUCCACGGAAUUAGAUCUUGAUUUGCAGGUUCCCAGUGGCUGGGAGAAGCGCCUCGAUAUGCAGUCUGGCAAGGUCUACCUACAGAGAUGCAAUUCGUCAAUCUCAUCAUCAUCAUCGGGUUCAGAACACAAACAUUAUCAUCAUCAACAACAACCAUUAAAGGAUCGAAGUGGUCCGGAGCUUCAAGAUUUGAACUUUCCUCCUCUAACAGCAUCAUCAAACCCUUUGGAAGAUACGCUUUUGGAAUUAAGACUGAUUCCUUCUUUUGAUUAUCAGAGCGUAUGUACUCUGGAUAAGGUGAAAUCAGCUUUGGAGAGAGCAGAAAGAGAAUCGGGGAAGAAACGUUCAUCGUCUUCGUAUGCGUCUGGUUCUUCUUCUUCAAUUAAAGAAACAGCAAAGGAAACAGAGGAAGGAGAAGAGAAAUCAUCAUCUUCAUCUGGGUUUGAAUCUGGUUCUGAUUUGUUACUCGCUGCUGGUUGUCCUGGUUGCUUGCUUUACGUUUUGAUCUCGAAGAACAAUCCCAAGUGCCCUCGUUGUGAUUCCAUUGUUCCAAUUCCUCUGCAGAAGAAACCAAAAAUCGAUCUCAACAGUUCAACCAUUUGAGAAGAAGGGAAGAACAAAAUUGGUUCUUGGGGAUUUUUUUUUGGUUUAAUUUUUGUAAAUGAUAGAUAAAUCAUUACUGGAUAGGUUAGUUAUUAAUUAGUUAUUAUUACAUUUUUAAACAUGGGAUUAAGAUUUUUGGAUUUAAUAUAGGAAGGAUAUUGAAAGUUCUUUGUUUCUGUUGUUGCUUUGGAAGUUGGGAUUGUAUAGAAGGGACCCACAAUUUGAUGGCAUUUGAUCAAAGGAACCAGUGGAAAUGGAUGGUUAGGAUCAA